GGCGGUUACGCCGAAAGAGAGGGGAGAGCCGGAUGCGAACAAGGCGUACCCGCAAGUGCAAGCACGGGGGAGACGCGUCGGCGCUCAGGCGGUUACUCGCGUGUGAGAGGGAGAGGGAGAGAGAAGGGGGACGUGCAGUCUGGAAACGGGAGCGCGGGUUCUCAGGGAGUGAUCAGGGAGAAUCAAGCAGGCGCUCGAAGGGGUCAGGGCGCUUCAGGGAGAGCAUGCCAGGUGUCCAUUAUCCCUGUCAGAUAACCUUUGAGGGGGAUAUGGCGACCACACCCAUAAGGGUGGCAGCCACCAAGUCGUCGAGAGGGUCUACAUCGAAGAAGACUGACACGGAUUACGUGAUGGCGGAGAAGGACGGGCAGCGGGUCGAUGGAGAGGAGGUUAUCCUUUCGCGGCGAAAGUGGGGAGUGAAGAAGUUCUUAAUGAAGAGUUCGCUGGACGAGAUUGACACAGUCGAGCCACUGAGACGGGCCCUUCGGCAACCCAUGCAGUGCUCUAUUCUGGAGUACCUGGCGGCAUCGAAGCCGGCUCGUGAUGAGUUACAGAUGAUCACGCGGAAGACUCGCAUACCUCUAUCGGAGGAGGGUCAGGGGGCCCCUAAGGCGGAAGUUUCUACAGUAGCAGUAAUGGGGGUGACUGCCAGAGCGGAUCGCAUGGCGACAGUCCUUCUUGAUGGAAUGGAAGGUGUGUCUCUAGACAAGUUUUAUAUACUUGGCAGCGGGGCCGUGGAGACGUUUAUAAACGAUGGAGCGGUACUCGAUGCUGUGAUCGAUAACGACAGUGAGGCUGUCAUCAUAGACGAGGACCUGGCAGUACAGGUUGGACUGGGCCUCGAGAGGUCAUACCUAUUCGAGAUAGAGACGGCUGAUGGGAGAAAGCAACAGAUCACUGGGGUUUGUCACAAGGCAGCCAUAGAGGUCCAAGGGGUACGAGUGACCCUGCCUGUCUUUGCAGUCAAGAACUGCAGCUCCGACCUGCUCUUGGGUCGAACGUAGCUGAGCCACGUGCAUGCGGUGAUGAUAGAGCGACCUCA